AUAAUAUCGAACAACCAAACCAUAUUCAUUACUCAUCCAACCAUCCAUCUACGUGUGACUUCCCAAUCCAUCUUCUCAGUUCCCAAUCCUCACUGUCGUGUUCUCCUAUCCUAUGUUCCUGUUCUCUUCCUCCAUUCAUAUACUAUCCACAACACUUCAUCAUCUUCACAAACCAACAUGACAGAAAUCACAAACCUUAGCUUAGACCUCAUAGAAUCCAUCCUUUCUCAUCUUCCAAUCCCAUCUUUGAUCCAAGCUUCAACAGUUUGCAAACUAUGGUACACCAUACUCUCAUCAUCUUCCUUUUCUUCAAACCAUAACCAAAAACACAAACCAUGGUUCUUUCUGCAUGGUAUCCAUAACAUAUCUUCCAAAAACAAUCAAUCUUUUGCCUUUGACCCUUCUUCUAACUCUUGGUUCCUUCUUCCAACACCUCAACAACCUCUUCACUAUCCUAACAACACUUCUUUUAUUGGUACUUCAUCUUACUUCUUCAUCACGGCACCUAACUUUGUCUAUACUUCAAUUCUGCGUCCUCUUGCUUGGAGUUCUACUCCACCUCUUCAUUUUCCUAGGAUUAAUCCUCUUUUAGGUGUUUUCAAUGAUGGUUUGUCUUUGAAGUUUAUUGUUGUUGGUGGUGUUAGGUUUAUUGGUAACCUUGUUGAUAUAGAAGAUCGUUUAGAUGUUGAAAUCUAUGACCCUCUUUUGGGUUCUUGGGAUUUAGCUCCUCCUCUUCCUGUUGAUUUUCGAUCUGGAAACUCAUCAUCUUCACUUUCAUCUGCUUUGUUCAAAGGGAAGUUUUUUGUGUUUGGGAUAUAUUCAUGUUUUGUUUCUUCCUUUGAUUUGAAGCUUCGUGUUUGGAGUGAUGUUAGGAUUGUUAGACCUUCUGGGGUUGUGUUUUCUUUCUUGAUUGCUUGUAGGGAAAGGCUUGUUUUAGCUGGUGUUUGUAAUUCACCAAGUGGGUCUAGUUUCAAUUUGUGGGAGGUUGAUGAAAAAAGUAUGGAGAUUUGUGAGAUUGGUGUUAUGCCUCAUGAUUUGCUUUCUAGUUUGUUUGAUGGUGAUGAGGAUGAUAGAUUUGCUAGCUUGAAGUGUGUUGGGUUGGGUGAUCUUAUAUAUGUUUUCAAUGAGGAUUAUCAUAGGAUGUACCCGGCUUGUGUCUGUGAGAUUCGCAGUCGCGGUGGUGGUGAGAAUAGUAAGUGUUAUUGGAGGAGGGUGCCUCAGUUGCCAUCACUGAUGAAUAGGUUUCACAAAGUUGUUAGCUUUUGUUCAACAGUUUCACUAGAUAGUAUUCUUGGUGAAGGUCACCAUGGACUUCAUUGAGAUCGAUCUCUGCGGAUGUUUCUCGACUACUAGGGAAAAAAAAGAAGGAAAUACUCAUUGCUAAAAGAAGAAAGAAGAAGGUUCAGCUAGAUGAAUCAUUUUCCUUCAAGGCAUGUGCAUUCACAUAUGAUAAGAGCAUCUGUCGUAAAUAGAAGUAUCUAUGUAUUGUUUAGCUAUCAUAAAGCAUGGAUCAACCUUUUUUUCUUAAUGAUAUUGGCAACUGUAUGGUAUUUUAGUCAUUUUAAAUGUAAAUAUAGUUGACCAUAUUAAUGUGAAUUAUUUUAGUUUCAUGUCAACAGACUAGAAUUCCCUUGUUAGUGGUUCAGUGUUUUUUAGUUACAGUUUGAUGGUGAUAGGGCCGACUCAAGAGUAACGCCACUAAAACCUUAUGCUCAAUAGCGAAAAAGUUUCAGUUUCUAGACUUCUAA